CGGCGCAAAAGCAAUCGAAAUCGAAUGUGUGAGUGAAAUAAAAAUACGCAAUUUGAAAGAAAAAAAAAACAUUUACACAGAUUGACUUUUCAGUCUACGCCAUAUUUUGUUAAAAAAAAAGUAUCUUAUGAUGGCAAAGACUUUGGGUGAGACUGUUCACUAGGGCCUAGAAGAAAUUUAAAUAAAUUCAAAAAUAAGAUAUAAAUAUAUAGUUGACACUACUGUUAUAAAAGAAAAUCUCAGGAAAUAUAAAAGAAAUUAAAAUUAAACCAAAAAUUUAAAGAAAAAAAUUUUAAAUUUUAAAAAUUUUUUAAGGGAAAUCGUGAUUUUUAUUAAGAAAUUAUUUAUAAAAAUAACAAAAUACUUGUAAUCAAAUAUUUUUUUAAUAAAAAUAUAAUUUACACAAAAAUUUAAUAUUUACAAAAAAAAAAAAAAAAACAAAAAUUUUUUUUAAAAAUAUUUAAAAAAUAAAUAUAUAUAUAUAUUUAUGUAUAUUUUCCAAAAGUUUUUAAAUUUGCAAAUACCAUAAAAGAAACAGUGAGUGUGUUUUAAGAAUAAAUUUUUUUAAAUAUAAAAAAAUUAAAAAAUUUAUUUGAGUGCAAAUUUUAUUGUUAAUUUUCAUAUUUUAUUUUUUUCAUGUGAAUUUAAUUUUUAAAGUAAUUUCAAAUUUCGAAAGAUCUGUAUUCAAAGUGUCUUCGCUAAUCAAAUCUAAUAAUCAACACGCCGCUUUAUUGAACUCUAAGAAAAAGAAAUAAAAACGCAUCAACUUAAUUACAAUUUGAUUUCGAAAAUAUAAAAAACAUAAAAAAUUGCUAUUUUUCCUGUUUGUUCAAAGAAUUUUCCGUUUAUUUGUUUUAUUUUAUUUUUUUUUGUUUUAUAUUCCAAUAAAUUAUUAAAUAAACAAAAAGUUGUAUUCAACUUAUGGCAUCAUUAACUGAAGAAAUAUCGAAUAAUUUACAAAUUAAUAUUGAAGAGGAUUUAAACUCUUUGAAUAAUUUAAAUAAAACUGACAAUAAUAAAGCUACUAUUACUGCUGAUAAUAAUAUAAUAACGCCGAUAGCCACGUCAUCGACGAUUACUCCUACAAUUGCUAUUACUACAACUAUAAAUACUUCAACUAAUAAUACACCCUUAAAUAAUACCAGUAUUCCUAUAUUGUCGGCUGAAUCCAGUUUUAAUUCAAAUAAAAAAGAAGAACAACAAGAAGAAUCAUCGAUUAAUUCCUUAACUGUUCCUGAUACAAAUAAUACUACUAUAACAACUACUUCGAUUAUACCUGUUGCAAAUUCUAUUAACAUUUCUACUGCUACUGCUGCUGUUGUUUCUUCAACUAUUGCUGUCACCAAUAAUUUAAAUUCCUUUGAUAAAAACAAUAUUAAUAGCACUUCUAAUAGCAAUAGCAAUAAUAUCAACACAGAAACAUCUAAUAUAAUUGAAAUUGUUGAAACCGAUAUAAAUAAUUUGAGUCUUUCUGAUACAAAAAAUAUAUCAGACAAUCUAGAUCUCUUUAAUUCACAAACUAUAUCGAUUACUCGAUCAGGAAUUAAUAACAUUGAUUGCGUUGAUAGUUUCAACAGCAACGGCAAUACUGAUAACAACAUUAUUAAGACUAGCAACAGCAGCAGCAGUAGCGCUAAUAACAGUCGUAAAAACAGCGAUCCCCGUGCAUCAGAAGUAUUAUCGGCAAUUGAAAACACAUUCAGUUCUCACGACAGUAUGUUUAGUGAAGUAUUUGAGAAUAAAAAUGGUGAGACAAUGAAGGAAGAAACAUUGGAGGAUUCAAAUCCAUAUUCAGACAGAGCUGAUAAGAAUUGCAAAAUUUGCAAAGGGAUGCUGAAUUCUCCAAGGAUUUUAUCAUGUCUUCAUGUAUUUUGUGAAAUGUGCAUCGACAAACUCUUAAUUGAUGGUACUGGCGACUCUUUGAAAAAAGAUUGUAAUUUCCCAUGUCCAACAUGUGGUCAAAUAACUAAGGUUGGGCAAAAGGGAGCAGUGUCUUUGACAUGUGAUUACAUAUUCACAAACAUUUUGGAUUUGUCAACAAUUGAGCCAAAAAUGCUGGCAUGUACAUCAUGUAAAAGUAAAGAAAAUGCCAUAUCACGUUGCAAUGAUUGCGCUAAUUUCCUAUGUGCUGGUUGUGAUAAAGCUCAUAAGUACAUGCGUUGUUUUGAAAACCAUGAAGUUGUAAUAUUAGAAGAUUUACAAAAAUCAGCUGAGAAAGUCACCAUUCAUAAACCGCUCUUCUGUAACGUUCACACUAGCGAGAAUCUCAAAUAUUAUUGUUUCAACUGCCAAAUACCAGUUUGUAAUGAUUGCCUGAUUGCUGAUCAUAAGGGCUCGGAGCAUCACUAUGAUAUUAUUACCAACGCAGAGAAAAAUGUUCGUAAUGAUGUUGAAAAUUUGCUUAAAGAAGCACGGGCCAAAGUUAAAUAUUGCGACUCAGCAGCAUCUGAGUUGACAAGUGCUUUAAACGAAUUGCAAACUCAGCACGAUACGGCUCGUGAACUUAUUGAGGAAGUUUAUAGGAAUUUUAAAAUUGUUGUUGAGCGAUGUCGUGAAAAUUCGUUAACAGAUUUGGAAAAACUACAUUCCGAAAGAGAAUUAAAAAUCAUGGACUUGUUACAUAUCGUCGAAAAACAAAUUGAAAAAAUUGAAGGCGUGUGCAAAUUUACAAAUCGUGUUCUAGAUCAAGCAAAUGCAGCAGAAUUUUUAAGCAUGAAAAAACUGAUACAUUCUCAAUUCAUCAAUUUGAUCAGUAACACACCAAAAUGUGACGUUAACUACUCUUUGGAAUUUGAUUCCAAAUUUGAAAAAUUUGAACAACUGGCGCAGGAGACAUUUGGUAAAUUUAGAACAGAAUCUACGCCACCUAGCCCGAAAGAAAGUACACCACCGCCAACUUUACCUGGAAUGCCUCCAAUGAUGAUAAAUCAUCGUAAUAAUGGCGCCGCAAAUAUGGUACCGAAUAAUUCUCCAAAUAUAUUAAAUAAUGGUUCCUCUGUGACAGCUAGUAGUCCUAUUUCUUUGCCAACUUCGAUGCAAUCUUCUUUUGAUGGUGAUAUUUCGGCCUUGGGUAAUAAUUACAUGUUGCCUAAUGUUUUAGCUACACCAGAUUCGCCACCUCAGUCACAUAUGCAUCAUCAUAAUCCUCAGCAUCCUAUCCACCAUCAAUCUAUGCAGAAUCAACCACCACCGCAACAUAACUCGCAUCAUUUACAACAACAUAACAAUAAUAAUCAUCAUCAUAAUGUGCAUCAUCAUCAACAUCCACUAUUGGGAAGCGGCGCUGGUCUUACAAAUGGUCCAGGAUCUGGGAUUAGUGGACUUGGAAAUAACAGCUUGGUUGGCGGCCCAUCUUCAAUAGGAUCGAAUUCAUCAUUGAACAAUGCCGUCAACUCUCUUGUUCCUUCAAUGGUUGGCAACAGUGGAGCAACUUCGACAUCAACUAUUAAUGGAAUGGGUGGUUUCAAUAGUAUUGCGGAAUAUAAUUUGCAAAGAUUGGCUAGUUUAACCGAAAAUACUCCAGAUAAUUUGCUUCAAGAUUCAAUUGUGCCAAAUUGUCCUGCAAAUACCGCAGUUCCACCGCCUAAUCCUCACGUUACUUUAGCUGAAAUUAUUGCUGGUGACCAAAGAGCUUUAAAUAAUUUCCAAGCUCUGGCUAAACUAGGACUAAACAGCACUGUUGACGAUUUUACUGCAGAUUUAACAGCUAAUCAUCAUAAUUUGUUAGCUGGUGCCCGUGGUUCGUCUCCAGGAAUGGAUUUGUUGAAUGAUUUUGGGUUAGGGUCUUCAACAUCACCAAUGCCACAAUUAAGUUCACUUGGAGUUGGAGGUGAAGAUCUGUCGAUGCCUAAUUUCCAAAAUAUUGUUCCUGGACGAACUAAAGCGACACCAAUGCAAAUUCGUUGCAAAUUUGGUUCUCUAGGAACCUCUAAAGGUCAAUUUAAUUCACCACACGGCUUUUGUUUGGGUGUCGAUGAGGAAAUAAUUGUUGCUGAUACAAAUAAUCAUCGCAUAGAAGUUUUUGAAAAGAAUGGAACAUUCAAAUUUCAAUUUGGUGUGCCAGGAAAAGAAGAAGGUCAACUAUGGUAUCCGCGGAAGGUUGCUGUUAUGUUAACGAAUGGAAAAUUUGUGGUAUGCGAUAGGGGAAACGAACGUUCACGAAUGCAAAUAUUUUCUAAAAAUGGUCAUUUUAUGAAGAAAAUCGCUAUAAGGUAUAUAGACAUUGUUGCUGGACUUGCAGUAACAUCAAAAGGUCAAAUCGUUGCCGUAGAUAGCGUUUCGCCAACAGUUUUUAUAAUAUCGGAAGAUGGUGACCUAGUUCAUUGGUUCGAUUGUAGUGAUUACAUGCGUGAACCAUCUGAUAUCGCAAUCCGAGAUAAUGAUUUCUACGUUUGCGACUUUAAAGGACAUUGCGUGGCUGUUUUUAAAGAUGAUGGAGCUUUCCAAUAUCGAAUUGGUAAUGAAAAGGUCACUUGUUUUCCAAACGGAAUUGAUAUAUCAAAUGCUGGUGAUAUUUUAAUUGGCGACUCACAUGGUAAUCGGUUUCACGUUGCCUGUUAUUCCCGUGAUGGAAUUUUGCAAUCAGAGUUCGAAUGCCCCCACGUUAAAGUUUCUCGUUGUUGCGGUUUGAAAAUAACAUCAGAAGGAUAUGUUGUAACAUUAGCCAAAAAUAAUCAUCAUGUCUUAGUGCUCAAUACUCUUUAUGUUCACUGAUCACUGAAAAAAUCCUCAUGAAAAAAACUUUAAUUUUGUAUUGUUGAGACCAAAAUUAUUGAACAAAAUUCAAAAAUUAUUUUUUUUUGUUUAUAUAUAUAUUAAGUUAAUAUUAUUAUUAUUUUUUAAUAACAAAACAGAAAGAAAAAAAUCAUACACGUUUCUAAGAGUAUGAAAAGAUUAUCAAAAAUAUUAAAAAAAACAGUCACAUAAUAUAGAUAUGAAAAAAAAUACUAAUUUAUUUGUGAUUAAAAAAAUCUCGUCGAAUCUAUGCUUACAUACAAAAAAAAUUCAAGUUAUAUACAAAUAAACUAUAAAAUACAUAA